AGAAAAUCGAUAAAAAUAAACAGAGUUCCCUAGAUGAUGACCAAUUUUUAAAGAGAGUGUUUUGGAGUGGUUGUAAAUAAAUUAUUUAGGCGAGGCUAAUCAUUUUCGGGGCGUAUUUUCCUCAAGUAUUAAUGCCUCGAAUAAAGUAUACCUCGACAAUAGACAGAAUGGAGGAUAUAAGCGAUUUAUCUGGGGAAGUUACAGUGGUUGAUGUCUAUGAUAUCGCUUCGGAUAUUGGAAAGGAAUGUGAGAAAAUCAUCGACAGGUACGGCGCAGAUGCUGUUACCUCUCUGAUGCCAAAAGUCAUUAAUGCCCUUGAACUUUUGGAAAAUCUAGCAACCAGAAACGAAAGAGAAAACACUCUACUCAACGAGCUACAACUGAAAGUUUCUCAAUUAGAAAAUGAUAAACUUGAAAAGGCAGAAUACCGACAGAAAUUUGAAAAGGAAUUGGAAGCUAUAGAAGAACAAUGGCGCUCGGAAACCAAAGAAUUAGUCUCGAUGGUGUCGAAGCUACAAGAAGAAAAUCGGAAAUUGGCUAAAACGCAACAAAAUCCAGAUAAUCAAUUACCAUCGACUCUAUCGGACAAUUUAAAUGAUGCUGAAAUGUUACAAAGAUUAAAAGACAAUUUGGAAAAGCAAAGGGAUGAAAUCAGGGAGAAAGAAAAAUUGUUACAAGAAAAAUGUUUGGAUGGCGAAAAUCUCAAAUCUCAAAUAGACCGUCUAACAAGCACAAGCAAAGAGUUGCGAAGAAAGCACAAAUCCAUGCAAAACCAAGUUAGAACCUUAUGUGACGAAAGAGCCGACUUUUUAGUUCAAUUGCAAGACCAGCAAAGGGAUAUCAAUACACUUAGACAAGGAUUGGGGUUGGCGCAAAAGGAAAACGAAGAUUUAGCCAAGUGUGACUUACCUUUUCCAGCUAAUAAAGCUAUUUAUGAUUUGGAUGACCCCAAUAGGCCUCGAUUUACCACUCAAGAGCUGAAAGAUAUUUUACACGAGAGAAACGAAUUGAAAGCUAGAGUUAGUGAUUUGGAGGACGAGUUGGAGACUUAUAGGCCUAAAAAGAAGCCAGAGACAUUUAAACUUUUUAAUUUUGCAACAAAUGCAUGUGAUAGUAGUAUCCUUAGCACGUCAUCUUUUGAAGAUUCUAGCUUUGGUAAAGUUCCAUCACCAGUAGAGGAAGCACAACUAUAUUAUCCUUUGGAUGAAGAUGCUCCAGUUCAAGGUCCACUUCCAUAUGAACCGGAUGACGCUCCCUGGAAAAAAUCUUCUUCUGAAUCGGGCAUUAGAAAAUUUUUUCGGAAAAUAUUUACCGAAAACAGCGGUGGCCCUAGUUUUCCUAAGCGUAGUCUAUCCACCCUCUCGAAGAUGGCUUUGUCAGCGACUAGCGAACCAGUGCAAUGCUAAAGUACUUGGUCUGCUUUAUCAACUGAUGUUGUCUUACGAUUUUACCCAGAUGACAGGGCAAUUAUACAGCUUAAUUUGAUUUUUAGCUAGAAGAACUGCCAAUUGGCUAAAAGAAAAUUGAUUUGCUUUCUUUGGAAAAUUCAACAACGAUUUUCUUUUUCAAAUUUACGAAGAUUGAAAUAUGAUAUAUAUUAUCUAACAAGUUAGUGUAGGUUGACUUAUUUUAAAUUUGAAAAUAUUCACUUGAGAAGAAUAGAUAUCCCAUCAGGAGAACCACCUGUGUGAAAUUUGUAGCUAAUGCUUUCAAGUGAAUUUUUGCAUAAAUUAGAAAUGAGCCAAUAAUGAUAUUGAACGUAUCAUAUACUUAGAACAGUGUUUUGUGAUAAUACAAAAAGUUAACAUAGAAGAAAAUAAAUAAUCCAUUAAAUGGUAUUAUGAAGCAUUUUAUUGUUAGACAAAAUUGUAACAGAUAUUUACUAACAACGUUGUUUUAGAAAAAUGUUUGUGUUGUGUAUAUUUAUCUGAUUCAACUUAUCAUUUUCAAGUAGUAAACCGAGAAACUGUAUCAACAAAUAAAGACUUAUUUUUUAAAUUAUGUUCAGAGACAAGAGAGACUAAGAAUGACAUUUCUUGGGGCAGAAUUUAGUGUGACUUCCUGUUCUCAUAGCUUAUGGGGGGUCGAAAAUUGGAAUAUUUUUGACCAUGGAAAUUGGUCAAGAACUUGUUGAAGAUUCGGUGCCUCUAAGUGGGCUUCAAGGCAUAAACCAGUCAAUAAAACAUUAGUUUUCUUCAAUAGAUGAUUUCUAGAUUUAGUUUAAAAAAAAAGAAGAGAAGCAGGGGAUGAACAACCUUCAAAUAAAUACUACUAGUUUGAAAGUAGAAAUGUUGUAAAAACUGAACUUUAUUUGUUGAUAAGAAAAUACUGGCAUUUAGAGAUAAAAUAAUGAUUGUGAUAGCUAGUAACUUGUUAGUGGCACGCAAUUAUUAGCAAAAAAAAUCUGAGUUUAGCUCUAAGUUUAGUUUAAAUGAUCACCAUCUUUUAUUCACAUCAGGAAAAUUAUAGCAGUAUACUUAUAUUAGAGAGACUUUUAGGGCUUGAGCGUGAAAAGACUGAAAUGGAUUAUUUGACUUCCAAUACUUAUGGUUUAUGCUUUAAUAUUGUUUAAAAACUCUCUAAUACUUCUAGAACGUGCUUGGAUGAUUUAUCACUCACAGGUGAGCAUUUUGAUUCUUCACAAUUGCUGCUGAACAACCCUACAACUACUGAAACCAAAGAAAUUUUGCAGGUAUUUGGGAAAUAUUCUUCUCUUUCUGUUGAAAGAACAGAAAUAGGGCAACACAACCAUAUAAUUCAAGAGCUUUUACCACUGGGUUUUGGCAAAUCCUAUCCUAAAAGUCCCUGAAUGGGACUAAUCAAUUUUCAAUCAUAAAUUAUCUUACAAGAAGUCACAAUUGCCUGGCAAUUCCAAAACAGUUCCUCUACUGAUGGUUUUUCCGGCAUAUAAAAUAUACUUCCAAGACAAAAAGACUGAAAACGGAACAAGCCCUUUUUACUCCAUUGGAAAAUUUCUUGAAUUUUGAUUGGAAGGUUUUAAAUUUAAGUCACAUUGUAUUUAUGCAAAUUCAACAGCAUCAAAUGUAGUAGGUACUUAUAAACCCCGCUUAGGAAAAAAAAAUGCUCACCAGUAAACAUAUUUAACCAUUACAUAAAAAAAAAAACAUAGACAAUCUAAGUACAGCCUUGUAAACUGUAAAACUACUCUCAUUAAUUUUUUCAGUUCUUCCAUUCCAUAAGUGACUCUAGUCAAUUAUAGUUGCCGUUGGGUUAAAUCUUUUUCAGACUCUUGCAGUCCUCUCAUUCUAGAAAAAAAAAACUCAAAAUGCUGUUGUCUAUUUUAAACUUUUUAUAGUGUUUUUAUAAUUAAAAUAGACUAUUUUCUGCAAUAAGGUAUCCUUACGUAUUUGCUCCCUAAUCAAAGAACAGUUUAAACAAAGUAAAAUGAUUAUGAAAAUUUUGAAUAUACUUAAUCCUCAUCAGUUUGUAAACGUAUCAAAACAGAAAUGCGAUUAAUUUGUCAUAUUUUGAAAAGAGUGACCGGAGUGACCAUGAGUGACUUUUCCUUGCGUCCUUUUUGUUUAUCAUUAUUCUUCAUUCUACUGUAAAUCCUUAUCCUAUAAGGUAGGAAUUCAAUGCUUAUUUUAUGUUUCUCAUUGUAAUUUGCCACCUGUAAAGAGCUUCGAAAACCCAAAAGCAUCUUGCAGAAUUUAUGAACAAAAUGGAAAAAUCUGGGUCAUUAGAUAUAUACCUAUGUUAAAUCUAAUUCGAAUAAUUGAAUUAUUUGAUGAUCUGACAAAUAUCCUUCUAGAUUUAAAGCUAUAUUAUCAAAUACUCCCUUUUAAAAAACGUAUCACAAGUAGUACCGGAUAAGGAUCAUGACAAACACAAUUCCACUUUUUUGUCGCAUUUGCCUACACUUUUAAUUAAUUAUCCUUCACGCAUUUACAAAAAAAAUGAAUUCAAUUUGGCCUGAUCCUUUGCAAAAGGGAACAAUUUUUUAAAUAUAGAGGCUUUAUUAUAUUGUUACCCUUCAUUAUUAUUAUUAGUAAUCUCGAUUUUGAUAUUUUGUAUUUAUUGUAUUAUAUUUUUUACUUUUUAUUGUAUAAAUUAGCACAUCUAUCAUUUGGUCUGGACAAGUUUAGGAAAACUGUGUGCCAAAAAUAAAAACGUAGAUACUUAUACACUGAA